ACUUGUCCUCUCUUGAUUGGACGCAUGCACUUUUGGGGAGGUGAUGCGUGGUCCUUGUCCACCUUAAAAGCUGGUGAUCUGCAGGGGUGCAGGUACCUUCGUUGCUCAUCUGUUCAGUCCUUGGGUUUCCCCCUUGCUGUUCCAAACUGCACCAUGUCUAAACCGAGAGACUACAGCAGCCAGUCGUACUCCCCGGGCAGCACGGCACCGCUCAAAAGCCACCCGGGCCAGAACGGGAUGGACCCGUCGGGUAAAUCCAGGGAGAGGGACGACAUGGUUGGACUCAAUGACAAGUUUGUCAGGUUGAUUGACAAGAUGAAACACCUGGAGGAUGAGAACAAAAAGCUCGACACAAAGCUGAAGAUCCUCAGGGAGCAUGAGGACUACGAGGGGAAAAUCGCCGACAUCGUCAAGCAGCUGGAGAACGAGAUGGAGCAGCAGAUCGAGACCUUGCUCCACGACCGAGAAAAACUGCACGCUGCACUGCUCAAGAACCAGGAGGAGGUGGAGGACACCAAGAAGAGGUAUGAGGAGGAAUUUCAGAAAAAAUCUGAACUGGAGAAUGAGUUUAUUGUCAAGAAAAAGGAGGUAGAUGUAGGUCACUUGGAGGCAGUAGAUCUGGUUCUGGACCUGGAGGACCUGAUUGGAAAACUGGACUUCCUCAGGGCUGGCUAUGAUGAGGAGAUCAAGGAGCUGGAGUCGCACGUCCAGAAUGUGACGGUGGUCUUACGGGACAACAGCAAACGGUCUCUGGACAUGGACGAAAUCAUCGAGGGGGUCAAGAAUCAGUAUGCCCACAUGGCUGCCCGCACCAGGAACGAAGCCGAGCAGUGGAACCAGAAAAAGAUGGAUGACAUGGUCUUAAAUGCAGGACAGCGUGAUCAGGAAGUGCGUGAAUUAAGGAGGGAGAUCUCAGACCUGGUGCGCCACAUCCAGAGGCUCAACGGGGAACUGGAAGCUCUCACAAGGAAGGAAGAGUCCCUGAGGAAGGACAUCAGUGACAUAAGGACAGAAGGCGAAGACAACCUGCUGAAGGCUCGGGACGACGUUUCCCAGCUGGAGGAGGCCUUGAGGCGGGCCAAGCAGGACUUGGCUGGACAGGUCCGUGAACACCAAGAGCUGAUGAACCUCAAGUUGGCGCUGGACAUCGAGAUCGCCACCUACCGCAAGCUGCUGGAGGGCGAGGAGCAGAGAAUGAACUACCAUAUGCGCCCCGCAGAUUUCUAAAAACCAAUCAACCAAUCCAAGUCCUUACUUGCACGCAGACGUUGACCUGCCAGAGAAACACCACCUGCCAGAGAAGCACCACUUGCCCGAGAAGCACCACCCACCAGUGAAGCCACAAGCCCCAGCACCCCCCGCUGUCCCGGCAGAUACAGCUGUCCCAGCAGUGUACCCCGCCUUCAAGAAACGGCUGCUGAUCCGGGUGGAGGUGGAGGCGGGCAGAGUCGUGUCCGAACGCUCCCUGUAUACUGAAGAUUGACCGGCACUGUCCAUUAUCACACCUCUGCCUCCAGCAUUAAAGUAUGUCCGCAAAAUGUGAAUUACAUUUUUUUGAAUUAAGUUAACUUUCAAGGAUCAUCAUGAAAAUGUCUUUAACUGCAAUAGUCAUGUUCGUAAUGAAUUUUGUUUGUGUGCUUUCUGCAGUCUAACAGUAGCUUCUUGGCAAGUAGAACGUCUUUCCUAUGACUCGUGCUUGAAAUUGGGGACUUUUUGUU